GGGGGCUGUCCUUAUUUGCUCUUCAGUGUGGGGGUGUAGGGCGCUCGUGGGAGGAGGCAGAAAACAGAGAGAGAGACAGAGAGAGAGAGAGAGAGAGAAUUAGAGAGAGAGAGAGAGACAAAGUUAGAGGAACAGAGAGAAUAAGUGAGAGACAGGCUCUAAGGCAGUUAGACGAAGAGAGGGGUUGGCAGUCAAGGGAAGCUCAACUCAUCUCCAAUUCCCUGCUACAGUGAGUGACCAUGUGGCUGGGGUGGAAUAUUGUCUGGCUCGGGGCCCUUCUCAUUGGCCUAAAUGGGACUGUAGCCUGGGCAUCUGACAUCCAGCACCACCGCUAUGAGGAGUUAGUGCGGGCCCUGUUCGUAGUGCAGAGCGAGUGCCCAUACAUCACACGGAUCUACAGCAUUGGGCGCAGUGUGGAGGGACGCCACCUCUAUGUACUGGAGUUCAGUGAUACCCCAGGCAUCCACGAAGCAAUGGAGCCCGAGUUCAAGUAUGUGGGGAACAUGCACGGGAAUGAGGUGCUGGGUCGGGAGCUGCUGAUCCAGCUCUCCCAGUUCCUAUGUGAGGAAUACCGGGCCGGAAACCAGAGGAUCACACGCCUCAUCCAUGACACGCGCAUCCACAUCCUGCCUACCAUGAACCCAGAUGGUUAUGAAGUGGCUGCCAAGCAGGGUCCUGAGUUCAAUGGCUAUCUAGUUGGGCGAGGCAACUCCAGGGAGGUGGACCUGAACCGGAAUUUUCCAGACCUGAACGCUCUCAUGUACUACUACGAGAAGACUAAUGGUCGGAACCAUCACCUGCCCCUACCUGAUAACUGGGAGCAUCAGGUUGAACUGGAGACACUGGCAGUGAUAAAGUGGAUGCAGAACUAUAACUUUGUUCUGUCUGCUAACCUGCAUGGUGGGGCAGUGGUGGCAAACUACCCCUUUGACAAGUCAAGAGACCCCCGAAUCAGAGGCAAGACUACAUACGCCACAACCCCAGAUGACAAGAUAUUCAAAAAGUUGGCCAGGACGUAUUCAUAUGCCCACAGUUGGAUGCAUAAGGGGUGGAACUGUGGAGAUUUUUUUGAUGAAGGGAUCACCAAUGGAGCCAGUUGGUAUUCUCUGUCCAAAGGAAUGCAGGACUUUAACUACCUAUACACCAACUGCUUUGAGAUCACUCUGGAACUCAGCUGUGACAAGUUCCCCCCGGCAUCAGCCCUGUCAAGAGAAUGGCUGGGCAACAGAGAGGCCCUGAUCUCCUUCCUGGAGCAGGUGCAUCAUGGGAUCAAAGGAAUGGUGUAUGAUAACAACAACAACCCAAUCGGCAACGCAGAGAUUUCAGUAGCUGGUAUCAACCACGAUGUGACCACUGGUGUGGAUGGAGACUACUUCAGAUUGCUGUUACCAGGCACCUACACUGUGACAGCAUCAACAUCAGGAUACUUGCCCUCUACCAGCACGGUGACAGUGGGACCUGCUGAGGCUAUACAGUUGCACUUUUACCUGAAAGUGGCACCAAAAGACACAAAUCUGACACAGUCCCACCACAGCAAGAAAAACCUCUCCUCAGCUAAGGUGGGCCCAAGAUGAGACAUGGGUGUGAGAUAAACAAAGAACACGCCCACAUGUCCACGCAGAGGGAACAAUUGACUAUGUGUAAUAAAUGUCACUUAAAGAUACACCUAUUUUGUAAGCCUGAUUUACUUCUGAUUUGUACUGUAUGAGCGCUAUAAUUUUGUGAUUUUCAAGGACAGUUUUCAUGUUCACAUUUUGAGUAAAAAGAAUACAUAGAUUUCCAGUAAUUUCAUGAAAUGAAUCAACAAUAAAAGGUGGUAAAUGCUUUACUUUAAUUAUUAGUCAUUGAAAUUGAUGUGCAAAAAUAUCUAUAUAGCAGCAUAGCGCAUCAUUUCAAUACUAUAAAGAUAAACAAUUAUUUAAAGAUAAAAAUAAAAAUGAAUUGUUGAAACAAUUGGUUUUAUGAAAUAUGAUAUCUUAUAUUGUGAUACUAGCUUUAAUUAAUUAAAGGAAUACUACACUCA